UUUGAACUCUGUUUGUCUCUUCAUCGUGACAUCACUGGAUAGAAAUUACUGAGAGGUAGUCAAUUUAUUAUCUGCUUUGCCCGUGCUAUACUCUAAAUAUAUACUUAAAACUGAGGAAAUGUUGCAAUUUUUGGGACAAAAUGUUCUCCACGCUGAAAACGACGACAGUUCUUUCUUAACAGUUCCUCGAACUCGAACGAUCCAUUCAACAGAAUGACCCGUAACGAUCUACUUUCCAAAAUCAUCGAGCAUCACGGUCAGCCGCGCUCGGGUUGAUCGAUCCAUCGAUCAAUAAAAGAAAGAAAAAAAAAAGAAAAAAAAAGAAGAAAGCCGCACCAAGCACGCGAUGCUUGCCAAUCAUUCAUUCUACUCGGCGAAUCGUCAAUAUGUAUCCGUGAGCCCGCGCUCGCUAUACAUAUAUCAGGUCACCAAACAGUCGCGUCGGGUUCAUACGUGCGCGGGGAACACAUUUACAUACACGUUGGCUGGCGGUGGCACGCAACCAUCCAGUGUGUACUGGCAACAGCACACAAACCGUGUACAACACACGGGGCGGAAGAGUGGGAGGAAAGGAGAGAAACGAGAAUCAGUAGUCGCUGGUAGGGAAGCGCGACCGAUAGAAGGGGAAGGGAGCAGGAAACGGCGCGGCUACGACGUAAGACGCGAGGGGAUCGGAGCCGAAUGGCCAACCAGUCCUGAAGAGUGUUCAAUUCACCGUCGUCGUGCCGCGCGUGGAACGGCCAGGCGUCAAUUCGCUCCGAGGCUGAGAGCUCGUUUCUAACCAGUUUCUACCUCGAAUCCUCCUCGCGAUUCCCAGAAACAAUGAUCUCUCCGCGAGAUUAUCGGCCGGCGUUGCAGCAUUAGACGCGCAUCCGGGUGGGAGUUGGUAUCCGAGUGCUAGAUGGUCAUUUCGCAAUCCGCGAUCCGUUUCCAAAGGAAAAGUGAAGUUAAGGUUGCGACACGAGGUGGCAACCAGCGUGUGGUUUCACCAGGUAACAAUUUGGCUCACAGGUGUGUUGUUUCCCACACGCAGCAACUUGCCCGUGCGUGAACAAAUCUCGAAUCUCUCCGCCUACGAUUACCAUUUUGUUUUAAAACAUCGAUGUCAUUUAAAGUUGUAGAAAAUGUAAGCGAAAAGUACCAUAAGUUUGCCGACACUCCCUGUGAAGAAUGGAACCCGAAAACGAGUAGAAGACGACGUAGCGAGAGAGAGUCCUUCAAAGCUUCACGUUUCUGCUAAUGUCUAAGGUAACUUUGGUCUUUUCGUUUGUACGUCGUUCGCCAAUGGUUCGUGCGCGUGUUAAGUGAAAAAGUGAUCGCAUCGUUGGCGGAUUGACCGUCUGGACAAAGAAGGGAGAGGUGCGAUAAAACGCUUGGUGGAAGAAUGAAAAACGAGAGAUGUUAAUUGAAGAUUACGUGAGAGAGAAGGACGUGGUGAAGUGGUAAUUAGAAGAAAAAAAGAAAAAAAGUAACCAUUCACCUUAGAGAGACAAAGAAAAUUAAAAGGGAAGCUUCUUUGAAUUCAAGUUCACCUGCAAAGUGAUUAGGAGAGAAGAAAAAACAAAAGAAGGAAAUAAAGAUGGAAGAAGCAACAAUGUCUACCGUUUUGUUGGUAGCGAAGAUAGGAGCAAUGGUUGGUCUUGGCUUUGGCUCGUUGCUUCUCGGCAUGUUGCCGUUGAUCGUCGGACGUUACAGGAUGAAUCAUCGUCAAAAACGACAUCGUGGGAUCUUCAGUAAUUCCAGUACCUGUACCUCCACGUCGGUUUCCAACGCCUCCUCCUCCAGCGUUAUUUCCGGAUCUGCAACAAACUCGCAAGGCCUGCAGACGUCGUUGCUGCUGUGCUUCGGCGGCGGCGUCCUCCUAUUCACCACGUUCUUACAUCUAGCCCCGGAGGUCCGUGUGAACGUAGAAAGACAUCAAACGAACGGCCAGCUGCCUACGCUGGGCACGCUAAAUCUGUCGGAGCUGCUGUUUUGCGCCGGAUUCUUUCUCGUCUACUUCGUUGAGGAGGCAGUGCACGCAGCGCUGACGGGGAAACCCGACUCGUCCGAGGCGUUGCUCUACAGGACGGUGUCCGUGCGUAGAUGCAACAAUCAAACAGGUGGGUCGACAGCGACGAACACCGGCUCGACCACCACCGUGUCCACCAUAACCAGAUCCACCUGGAAGGAAGGUAACGACGAGUCGAAAGAUAGUGAAAACGAGUCGAGCAAACGAUCGUCCAGGCUUGAGCAUGGCCUGGACGAUCAGCGCGAUGGCAAACGACAGGACAAGGUGUUACCUGCCAUAUUUGUCCUGUCUUCUUCCAUGGAGUUGUCUUCCGCGCAGCACAGUGCCCAGGACACCGCGAGAUACCGCGAUACGAAUUACCCUGGAACGAAACACCAGCACGAGCACAGUCAUGCUGCCAUGACGAAGAACUCGUCGGUACAGGGACUGCUGACAGUACUGGCGCUGUCCUUCCACGCAAUUUUCGAGGGCCUGGCCGUUGGCCUGGAGCCCUCCAUUGGCUCCGUCGUUUACCUAGCUGCUGCCAUUGCCACCCACAAGCUGGUGAUCUCGUUCUGCGUCGGCAUGGAGCUGUACGUCGCUGGUGCUUCCACCAGGACCACUCUUGGAUAUCUGACGAUAUUCUCGAUGGUGACGCCGAUCGGUAUUGCCGUCGGAUUGGCCCUCGGUCAUUUCAAGAACGACAGCGAGAAUUUAGGGCCCACGCCGACCAUACUGCAGGGAAUGGCCGCCGGGACGUUGCUAUACGUGGUUUUCUUCGAGGUGUUGGCACGCGAGAGAGCUAACGAGAAAAGUGGCCUCUUACAGUUGACUGCCAUAAUUGUUGGAUUCAUGCUGAUGUUGGGUCUACAAAUCGCCACCGCACAUUCUCAUUCCCAUUCGCAUUCGCACUCGCAUUCACACGAUGGCCACGCAGACGUGCAUAGUCACGAGGUUGACCACCAUCAGGAGAGCGAUCACAAUCACGAGUUGGACUCCCAUGAACACAUCUACCCAAACGAAAUGAGCGAACGAAUACUCACCGAUAAGAUUUACAGAGUAACAGAAAGUAUCGCAGAGACUGUCAGCAACGUUCUAUCCUCCACGAUGAAAACAUCAACUGACACUCCGUUCAGAAGCAGUAGUAACGAAACGGCAUUGCACACGAAUCGAAGCUAAAAUUCAUUUUUGACGGGGAAUCCUUCGACUGAUUCUGAGAUAGACGAUGUAAUAAGUUAAACGAGUAAGAGAAAUCUUGAUGGAUGGCAGUAUUAUGGAACUUGGAUUUAAAUUUGGAAGAGAAGAACAAUAUUCUUGCUCUACGCGUAUCGUACAAAUGUCAUCAAUUGUACAAAAAUGUAAAUGAUAAAUGGUGAUGUUUACGGGUGAUACGGUAAAAACGUAUCCAAAAUAAGAAGAAAAUGUCAGCAUACAUUGUCAUUUAAUGGUCAAAUGUGAUACGAUUCACGGGUAUAACCACGUGAUCGCGUUACUUACUACUUUUUUUUUUAACGUAUGGAAUAUCCAUAUGAAACACUAUCUUUUAUAUUAUUUAGAUUAGGAAAAUAGGACUAUUUCUUAAUUAUUUAUACGAACAUUUAACAACUUGCUCAUAUCAUGUGCAUAUUGCAUAACAUUGUAACGAAAUGGGGUAUAUUUUGCUACUGUCGAAUAUCGAUUCUUUACUUUCGAAAGUGAUAACUUUAAUCAUUCUCAUGAUUUUAAGUGUUUAUAACUUUUGUAUGUAUUAAUAUUUUUUUUUUCCUACGUGAUUAUUUACGACACGUGUCA